AUGAAGACCACUCUCCUGCUAAUUUUCUUCUGGGGGCUCUCCUGUGCUCUUCCUGUAACCAAAUAUCUAAACACAGAUUCUGAGAGUUCUGAAGAAUUGAAGGAUCAUUUGGCACCGACAGCAGUUUCAUCCUUGGAGAGUAGUGAGUCAUCAGAAGAAAGUAAAGAUAGCUCAAAAGAACAGAGAAAUGAGAACAAGAUGGAUUACAGUGAUAGUACUGAAUCAGAGGAAGACUUGGGCCCUAAUGAUCAAGAGACUGUUUAUAGACUAUCUGACAGCUCCUUUAAGAGUAGAAUAAAAGACGAUGAUAAGAAUGAUGAUGAAGACGACAGUGGAGAUGACACUUUUGUUGAUAUAGACAAUGGCCAGGGGUCCAUUGAAAGGCAUCAACAAGAAGGUGGAAACACCUGGCCCGAAAGUGAUGACAAUUCUGACAGCACUCUACACAAUGAAAAUAAUGCUGCAGAUGGAGAAGAUGUCAGUCACCAUGCCGCCAGUGAUGAAAAUAGUCAUAGUGAGAGCAGAAGCCUUGAAGAGGAGAAUGAAAGUCAUAAGGAGGGAGUCCUUGACAGCAACAGUGAUGAAUACACUGUGGAAGUAGGAAGUAAACAGAGUUAUAGCAACUCUAGAGAUGAUUCUUCAUUUGAUGACGAAGAGAUGCAAGGUGAUGAUGCAGACACCAUCGGGAGCAAGACUAGCAAUUCCAGAAUGAUUCGUUACAGUGUCCACUCAAAGAAAAAGAUUCACAAGACAAGAGAUCAGGAUGGGAAUAGACAAGAUUCAUCCAAUGUGAGCCAGUUGAUGGGGCAGCUUGGCAGGAAAUCCUUCCAAAAGGCACGCAUCUCAAAGGAGGAUGACUGGGGUGAAACCAAUGAGAGCAACACGAUGGAAGAAGCCACAAGUGACUCCACAGAAAAGAGCCAAUCCAAUGAAAACAGUCAAUCCUAUGAAAACAGCAAAAGCAAAUCCCAGGAAGACAGCAACAGUCAGUCUCAGGAAGACAGCCAAAAUGUGCGGGAUCUCAGCAGUGAGUCCACAUCAGAAGAAGAUGAUGAUUCUCAUGAAAAACCAAAUAAAUCCCAGGAAGAAAAUGAAAAUGUUUCACGGGGUGAUAACCCUGACUCUGAUAGAAAGAGUGUUGGUCUAUCUGAAGUUACUAAGGAAGAUAGUAGUAAUUCCUCUGAAGAGAGCAAUCUAACCACAUCCUCCAAAUCAGAUAGUGAGUCUAGAGAGGAACAAAGUAACAGUGAAUCGAAUGAGAGUGUGAACACCUCAGAGGAAAGCAGAGAGUCAACUGAGGAUCAAGACAGUUCCAGCCAGGAAGGCUUCCAGUCUCACAGCUCAUCCACAGAGAGCCAAAGUGGAAAUGAUCAAUUUGAAGAAGAUGCCAGAGCAUUUCAGGAAAACAGUAAGCUUAAAGAAAAUGUGAAUUCCAAUGAAAGUCCAUCAAUUAGCAAUGAAGAAAGCCUAUCAAGAAGCAUUGAGGUAGAAAGUAGAAAGCUGGUAAUUGACAGUUAUCAUAACCGACCUACUGGAGACCAUGAUGACAAUGACUGCCAAGAUGGCUAUUAG